AUGCUACCCCACAGUGCAUCACGCUAUUACAUAAUCGUCGCGAUCCUGGCGGCCGCAUCGCGGCAGCAGCGUACAGCGUCGGCGAGGAAGCGGCUGAGCGACGGUCAGUAUUCCACCGACUACCUGCUCACCGUACUCAACAUUAACAACGUCGACCUGUCGCAGCUACAAGACGUCGCCCCGCUAAAGGAGUCCGUGUUUCUUGCCGUCCUAUUAUCUGAUAUCGUGGAAAAGGACAUCGAGGAAACUGGUACAUUGACGUCGUGGCCUUUUAACAGCCUGCACAGACUACUGUUCUCGGAGUUGGCUUUCGAGACGUUGACCGCAGAGCUGAUUGAAAGUUUGGAUGAAGACAUGAAAGAAUAUGAGGAUCACGAAAAGAUAUACACGGACGGAAUAGUUCGCAAGCAAAAAUGA